CUCACCGGAAAACUCACUCCGACGUACAUCUCAGGCUUCAGACACUCAACACCUAACUGCAAAAUGGCGAAAGGAGGCAACAAACUGAUGAAGCUGAUGAAGAAGCUAAACUCCUUCAACACCAAACCGAACAAGCAACCGACUCCCACCAAUCACGGUCGAUCCUCCGCCGUGAGUUCAUUUCCCUCAGGAGACCUUCACACCGUAUACGUCGGAAGAACACGUCGUCCGUACCACGUGAGCUCAGACGUCGUGAGCCACCCUCUCUUUCAGGAGCUAGCGGCGGUGGAUGGUGGAUGUGGCGGCGAGGACGGUGCGAUCGCUGUGUCGUGUGAGGUUGUCUUGUUUGAGCAUUUGCUUUGGAUGCUUGAGAACGCCGACGCCGACGAGUCACGUCCCGAGUCGGUCCACGAACUUGUCGAGUUCUACGCUUAUUGAACUCACGAUUAAAUUUAGGUGAAAAAUUUGAUGAUUAUGUUUGUAUAUUCUAUACUUUGUAUACUUUACACAGUCUUUUGUUAAAAUCUUUCUUCUUCAUUUAAGUGAUACAACAACCAAUAAAAUUAUUUUAGUAUGUAAACAUUGGC